CAGGUUGCGAAGCAACGGAGAAGCUGCACCGUGAGUUCGUCGGCUCGAUAUAAAUCGAAGGAAGGAUGAAAAAAUAUCAAACCCAAACAAGAUGACAAACUCGCAGCAAAUCUCGGCUUCAGCAAAGAAUACGGGCGACGACGACUCCUACACCUUAACUUUCACAAUCACCAUUCUGUUCAUCAUUGGUAAUGCCGUGGCAUCAACAUACCGCGCGCGCGGCGAUCCAUGGACUUUCGGCUUCGCGGUUUUUGCCUACGGGACGCUGCUGGCUCUGCUGACCUGCGUCCGCUUGUUGGAGAAGCGAGAGGCUGCGGGGCAGAAGACGGGGGGGUUAAAGACCGCGGUUUGGGUGCUGGCCUCUGUGCUUACCGUGAGCUUCGUCUGGCGGGUGGUGCAAAUUCUGCUCCUCUGAUCUUGUAAAGCUCGCCGGCUGAAGCUGCGGUUGAUGGGGAAGAGAAUGACAAGAAAAAGGUCAAGUCUUGCUAUAUAAGUAUCGAUGUCAGCGUAGGUUUUUACGGUUUACCUAGGGUUUAAGAGUCUGUCAGCUAGAUCCGCUGUUGUAUAGAAUGACUAACCUACUUAAUAAGAUGUUUCUAAUGGAAUCUUUGCAUAAGUGUUGGUUUAAGCGUUAUUAGAUCUCCAAUCUAAUUAUUGGGAAGCUUUUUCAUAA